UCGGCUCUGCUUGGCUUCCGCUUCCGGUCUUUUGUGCUUCCGGGUUCGGAGCGGCUUGAGCCGCGGGACUGCCCGACCUUGGCCCUAGGCGAGAGGGUUGUCUUCGGCCUGCUUUGCAGCUAUGGUGUCGUACUGGAGGCAGGCCGGGCUCAGCUACAUCCGGUAUUCCCAGAUCUGUGCUAAGGCAGUAAGAGCAGCACUAAAACCACAGUAUAAAACAGAGGCCGAAAAAGCAGCUGUGACCAAUGUAAAAAUAGUGAAACCUAAAAAGGAAUGACAUGGCCUGAUCUAUAAAGGGCAAAAUGAGAGCUUAUGGGCAUGUUUGUGUACAACAUAACUGCAUCCUCAAUUAAAUUUCUCUCUGUAAAUCAGAUGCCAAUAAAUGGAACUUUGUGAAAA